CUACUUACAUCUUAACUUGGCAUGCACUACUACUGCUUGCUAGGCUAUAGGUAGCUAUAGGCUAUAGCGAGCUAUGUACUACUGGUACCAACAACCUGCAGUGCAGCGCUCGAUGGAUCCCAUGGCAUAACACCACCGCAACCCGCGAACAGCUAGCUAGCAGAUCCAUGGCUGCCAACUACUACUGGGGUAUGUGGGGCGCCGGCGCCACAGCUACGACGUUCCCGGCGCCGGCGGCCACGGCUGAACCGUCUUGGGAGGAGCAGGCGUUCGCGCGGGACGCGGCGGGACACCUUGGUGCCGGCUGCGUGUGGCCGCCGCGCUCCUACACGUGCACCUUCUGCCGUCGAGAGUUCCGGUCCGCACAGGCGCUCGGUGGCCACAUGAACGUGCACCGCCGUGACCGUGCUCGUCUCCGGCAGUGCGCCUCCCCGCCGGAUCAUCGAGAACAGCCCCUUCCGACAAGCUCAUCUCAUGAUCAUCAUGAGACCCUUCAGCCAGAGCGGCAGUAUAGGGCGGCAGUGAGCCCUAUAUCUCCACAGGAUCAGCAGGCCACUGUGAUAGGCGCCUCUACAACCUCUCCUUCCUACAUAUCAACCAUCAUCAUGGAGAGCAGGAACACGGUGUUCAUCUCCAUGCCUGAUGAUGCCAUGGUGAGGGAAGCCUGGGAAGGAGGUGAUGAGGAGAGGAGGAAGCGAAGGCGUGUCGAUGAUCAGCCUCCGGCUGUGGCGCUUCCAUUCUUCGUGAGGCUAUCGCCGGCGUCAUCUGGAAGAGAGGGGAUGCAAGGAGCUGAUGAUGGUGAUGCAAAGGUAUCCAAAGUAGUCCCAAGCCCUAGCACUCUCCAUCUUGCAGUAGGCCAGCAAGAAGUGGAUCUGGAGCUUAGGCUUGGGACUAGCUAGCUUGCUAGUACUCUCAAAGUUGCAUGAUUUAAGCUUCUAAUUUUGCUAUUCCAACAUGAUCAUGUGUGCCUAUGCGUUGGAGUUCAUGCUCCUAUUCUUCUGUCCCCCCAAUCCAUUCUUAUUUCGUUUGUGGUUAAUUCUUUGUGAUUGCUCUGAGUCAGUAAAUCGGAAUCAGUGUAUCUUAGCUAGGCCAAAGGCUUGUCAAUUUAUCUACAUAUGAGUGUAUAUACGUACGCCGAUCAAACUCUGCAAAGCUCAAAUCAAGACAUCUUCAGUC